GCGCAAAUAGACAUUAACGCAAUUUGGACAAAACAACAACUGAGAACACAACCGGAAAAAACUUCAUCGUAUUACAAGCACAUACCAUAGUCCAUACAUAGAUGGAAAGAAUUACCCACACAUCCACGAAAAACGGUGCGUUACACUGUCGGUGUCAGAAGCUCUGAAACACACACACAAAGUGCAAAUAAACGAUAAAUGGAAGCUUUGCAAUAACCAAAGUGCGGAUCGUGAUGUUUGAUUCGUAAAGCGACACCGCAUCACAACCCCACUUGCUUUUAUGCUCCGGCGGUGCAUCGCCCUUGAUAGAUCCUCAGCGUCACCCAAUCAUUACGACGUCCCAGUGUUUGAAAUUUGUUUCUCCCGGAAAGAUCUCAUCUUGGGAAGAUUUUCUAUGUUCUGCAUUGUUAGUUUGGUUAAUCCCUGUAAGUUGUGGCAUUCCCGUGCUUCCAUUUCUUCCUCAGAGCUUAAAUUUCGUUUUUUUUUUACCAUCUUUGUGUUUAUCUCUCAUUGGGAGGGAGUGGAUGUAUGUUUAUUUGUUUAAUUUUUGGAUACGAUUCUUUGUUCUUUGUGAUAUUUAAAAUUUCAAUGGAUAAAUGGGAAUUUUUGGGUAGUGAUAGAAUUACUUUUUUUCUUUGAUUUGAUUUUGUUAUAAGGUAGUGACAUUUUAAGUGAAUGCUUUUCCUCUCAUACCAGCUGCUUGGAGGCGCUAGAAGAGUGGCUGAGAAAGUUUUAGCUUGACCUUGUCAUGUUUUGUUUAUAUUGUCACUCAUAUCAAUAGUGAUUUUUUAAACUGCAGCUUCUUGAUUUCCCUCUGUCAAUUAUGUCAUAUUUGAUGCCUGUAUUGACAUCUAAAUCUGUAACUAUUUAAGCACAUGCGAAUAUAUAUUGGAAAAUGAUAUACUUCUGCAGAUGAAUUGUUCUGUGUCUGAAUUCUGGGACGUGCUUUGGAAUGGCUCUGUAUAGAACCAGUGGUGAAUUGUUGACCGAGAGAAGGAGCAUCAUCGAUGCAGUUUUCAAUUCUUUUGAAAAAAGUGAUCAUGGCUCUAGAGGUUUACGUCGAGGUCGAAGAUUUGGUCGGAUUACCAAACACAAGCUUUCACGCUGGAUUUUCCUUCUAACUGCACUCAUUUCAAUACUUCUAACAGUUUAUGGUUUGAAAAUGUUUUUUCAAGCUAAAAUGGAAUCCAAGUUCUCAUCAAUACCCCUUAUCCUGCAAGAAGAACGUAACCAACAAGGAAAUAUUAUGGUAUCGGAUGAGGCAAAGACACCUAAAGAAAAUACUGUGGUACCUAAUCUUGGAAUGGUGCCUAAAGGGAAGCGCCGAAAGCAUUUCCCUUGUGAUGUUGGAUUUCUGGAAUCAGUAGAAAGCCUUGUUGAACCCCAAAGUUAUGUGAACUCCACAUGGUUUUCUCUAGAGUAUGUUGACUACGAAGAAAGAACAUCCAAAAAUAAUUUAUUUGAACCUCGAUUUGGAGGACAUCAGACUCUAGAGGAAAGAGAAAAUUCAUUUUAUGCAAAAAAUCAGACUCUUCAUUGUGGUUUUGUCAAAGGGCCACCAGGACUUCCAAGCACUGGAUUUGAUAUAAAUGAAAAAGAUAAGGCAUACAUGUCCAAAUGUAAGGUUGCAGUUUCUUCAUGCAUUUUUGGGAGCUCUGAUUUCCUCCGAAGGCCUACAAGUAGACUGAUCAGUCAAUAUUCAAAGGACAAUGUUUGUUUUGUUAUGUUCUUGGAUGAUCAAACACAAUCCAAACUUUCAUCAGAGGGAAACAGUCCUGAUGAGAGAGGUCACAUUGGCUUGUGGAGAAUUGUUAUUGUAAAAAACUUGCCAUAUGAAGACAUGAGGAGAACUGGCAAGGUGCCAAAAUUUUUAUCACAUCGCCUCUUCCCAAAUUCUAGGUAUUCAAUUUGGCUUGACAGCAAGAUGCGACUCAACUCUGACCCUAUGCUGAUUAUUGAAUAUUUUUUGUGGCGAAGGAAGGCAGAAUAUGCCAUCUCAAAUCACUAUGAUCGCCAUAAUGUUUGGGAGGAGGUACUCCAAAAUAAGCGCUUAAAUAAAUACAACCAUACAGCAAUUGAUGAACAGUUUAACUUUUACCAGUCUGAUGGCCUCCCCAAGGUUGACCCAUCAAAGUCAAAUGAUCCUCUUCCAAGUUAUGUUCCCGAGGGUUCCUUCAUAAUCAGGGCACAUACACCUAUGUCAAAUUUAUUUUCAUGUCUUUGGUUCAACGAAGUUGAUCGAUUCACAUCUCGUGAUCAACUAAGCUUUGCUUAUACUUAUUUGAAACUCAGAAGAAUGAAUCCAGAGAGACCAUUUCAGCUAUAUAUGUUCAAGGAUUGUGAACGCAGAGCAUUAGUGAAGCUAUUCCGGCACAGGUCGCUUCCAUCUCUACUAGAGACUGCUUGAUCAGUUCCAGAUCUUAAAGGGAUGCACACUACUCUAAGGGCACAGGUCAUUAUAUUUGACAUCCCUUCCAGCUUGACUAGCCUGAGAAGACAUGUGAUGUGUUUUAAGCUGGACCAAAGAGAGACAAACUCAUUACUUGCUGCACAGUGGAUUCUUAUUCUUCUUGGAGCCACGGCUGAAGAGUGAUUGCAGGUGCAUUUUGUGGCCAAGGAUUUUACUCCAUUAUGGGGUUCAGUGGAAGUUGUUUAUGUGGGAAAGGUAAGUUGAUCAAGGUUUUUGUUAGUUCAGCUUCCUCCAGUUUAGUGUCUAGUGUCGGGGAUGAGGGUGAUUUUGCUAACAUGUAAGAAUACUUUGUUUUUUCUAUUUGUGUAAACAUGCAACAGGUUCUCCUUCCUCUCCCAGUCAUAAGUAGAGGUUAUUGAGUAGUAGUGGCUGGUCAUAAAAACUGUAUAUUGCUUUUCAUUUUAGUGACAUUUUUGGUGAUGAGAAAUCUUCUUUCUGUAAUGUGUCUUCAAAUCAAAAUAAAAAAAAAUAAAGUUCAACUGUUUUUAUGCA